AUGCGAGCUAUCGUUCUCCUGUGUCUGCUGGAGUCAGCGUUGGCCCAAGCCAAUGAUUAUUCCUGGGGCGGACCUGGCAAGACUUCGGAAAAUAGAGCUGUCGAUCCCGCCACAGAAAACUGUAUAUGUGUCUGUGUGUGUUCAGUGUGUCUUACGGACCAGGCAUCAUGUGGCUGCUGCCUGAUGCAGCAACAGAUACACAGGAUGAAGAUGUUUUUUAACAUGAGCCUAAAUGAGCUGGAGAAGGACCUUGAAAAGACAAAGACUGUCCUCAACAACGUCAGAGCCAGCCGAAGCGCCUUCUCCGUCGCCCUGACCGACAGCAACACCUUGAACUGCUUCGGCCCCUUCCGCGACGAUAAGCUCAUCGCCUACAAGCACGUCUUCAUCAACCUGGGAGACGGCUACAAUCUCGACACCGGUAUCUUCACCGUCCCCCGCUCCGGCGUCUACAGCCUCGCACUCACCGUCUACAGCGACGCCGGUUCGCCUGGCAACACCCUGGCUGCCUGUGCCAGUCUGAUGGUCAACAGCCAGGUGGUGGCGGGACCCAGAGAAAAGAACAUGCAAGACCAAGAGGACAGCGCCACCAUUGUCGUGGCGCUCCACCUGAAGGCCGGGGACCAGGUGGCGGUCAACUUGCCCAUUGGAUGUUUCCUCUGCGACGACAAAAGCCACUACAACACUUUCACUGGUUUCCUGCUGUAUGCUACUGACUAAGUUAGGGAGACGUAGCUGCUUUGGGUUUUGUACCAGUUGUUACUAUAUGUAUAAGGAUUAAAUCUGCUAGAAUGAAUCUUUCUGACCUAC